AUUCACUUAGCAUGCUUUGUGGGAAACCCCUGUUGUAUAUGUACAAGCAUUGCAAUGAAUCAUACAUUGGCAUGUGGAAUUAAAAUUGUAGGCUUGGUGGUUUUUGAUGAAAUAUGAAGUUUAAUAUUUUUGUGUAAUUAUGUUCAGAAGAUGUGACUAAAUUUUUCAAAUGUAAAAUUCGUGAAAUCUUUUUCGCGUGUAGUAAAUUUUGUUCAUGAAAUAUUUUGAACCUAGUUAAAUUGGUGAUUAACAAAUACUUUUUUUAAUUUUUAAUAUUUAUAGACUAAGAGUAUAGUGUGUUGCUUUGCUUCAUUUAUUUAUUUUGUCAUUUUUUAGAAUUAAUCAGUGCUCAAAUCAGUGUCACAAAGAAAACCAAUUUGAGUUGAUUCUAUCGAAACGUGUUAGAGAGAAAGACAACCAACUGGUGCUCCAUCAUCUACCACUGAGGAACAAGAAUAAGAGCAAGCCCAGUGGUAGUGAAGAUAAUGAACCUUUAGAUGAAGCUGGUAGUGAAGAUGAUGAAAGUGGCAAUAAUGAUGAAGGAUCUGGUAAUGAGGGAAGUCCAUCAGAGAAAGAAACUGAUGAACUUGAUGAGGAAGAGAGACAAGAAGCAAAAGAAGAUUCACCUCCUAUUCCAACUGUACCAGAACCUCACCAGAGACUAUUAAAGAAAGACGAAAGCGUAUUUUUGCAAAAAGAACUAAUGAGGAAUCUGCCUUGUCUGCUAAAGAACGCUACCUGGCUAGGAAGAAAGCAAAGUUAUCUCAGCCUACUGUAAUAACAGAAGAUGAUUAAUUUUUAUUAUUGAAUCUCUGUCACAUUAAUUAAUUAUUUUUGAGGGGCCGGGCCCAAUAAUUAUUUUGUUUACUUAACGCGGGCUUGAAAUCACUCAAAUCAGCUGGUCUGAAAGAAGUAAACUCGGGUUGAAGUUCAUCUGUCUGAAAAAUGUCUGGAUUAAGUGAAUAUGAAAAGAAACGACUUGCCAAUAUCAAAGAAAAUAAUGAAAUUUUGAGAGGCUUAGGACUGCUAUCCGGCACACAGAAGACUGAGAGAAAGAGACCGAAUAAGAGGAGAAAGAGAAAAGAUGAUAGUGACAGUGAGGAUGAAUGGUUGCCAGGUCUACCAGAGGAACCAAAGCCAUUUUCGAGACAAAAAGUUACUGUAUUGAAACCAGAAGAAAGAAAACCACUUGCUAAAAUUGUUUUACAAGCCGAUGAGAAAGUCACUACUGCUCUUAUUAACAGAAAGUCUGUACUACCUGGAAGGAGGUGCAAAAAGUCAUCGCAGCAACCGUUACCUGUUAAAGUACCAGUAUCUGCCUUACCAGAGUGGCUGCAGUCUGAUGAUGAUCAAAAGAUUGAUUUUGAAGGUUUUCAUUUAGAAGAAGUAUUGAAAGAGGAAGCUGAAGCAUUGAAGUGUAUCUAUGAAAAAGAUUACAGUCUGUUUUAUGAAGGGAUGGGAGAGUCAGACAGUGAAGAGUCAGAUUUUGGAGGAUUUGAAUUAAAUCAAAUUGAUGUAUUGAGGACAGAGAAAAGACGAUAUCCAAAAAGAUCCACUGCUAAGAAAAUAUAUACAGAAGAAGAAUUGUCUGAUGAAGAUGAAUAUUUGUUAUUUAUAGUUUGUGAAGAUUGCCAGAAGAUACACCAUGGAGACUGCCCAGUACAUGGUCCACUGGCCACUCUUGAUCCUUCCAGUGGCUACAAUACAGCAUCACUUCAGUAUACUAGUGUUCCAGUGCCGAGAGAACUCACUGUGAAAGAGUCAAAGAUCCCUAAAGCUGGUCUUGGGGUUUUUGCCACUGAGCUUAUUCCUAAUGGGGUAAAAUUUGGACCGUACAAAGGGCAGAAGGUUUAUUAUGAAGAUAUCGAUGAAGAUGAUGACACAAGCUAUAUGUGGGAGAUAAAGAAGCCAAAUGAAUCUUAUUAUAUUGACGGUCAAGUGGAGAGUGAGAGCAACUGGAUGCGCUACAUUAAUUGUGCUAGAAAUGAGGAAGAACAAAAUUUAGUUGCAUUCCAGUAUCACGGGGAAAUAUACUACCGGACUUUUAAAGAUAUCUGCCCUGGAACUGAGCUGUUUGUGUGGUAUGGAGACCAGUAUGCUAAAGACCUUGGAAUAGAAACCACUGUUAAUAAUUAUGGGUUGUUUAUCUGUAAAAGAUGCAGUAAUAGAUUCAAGUCAAAGUCAAACUUUAAGACUCAUUUGCAGUCCAAUAAGGACUGCUUCAAAGCUAACCCUCAGAUAUUUACUUGCGGUAGAUGUCAGGAAAGCUUUUAUGCUCUACACAAACUUCAGGAUCACAUUAGAAAACAUGAGGAGGUCAAAACGGAAACUAAAAUUCGAUUUGUUAAAAUUGAAGAGAAUGUAACAAACAAUGAGGAACGAUACCGGGAUGGUGCAAAACGUAGACGUAAAGCUGAUUGUCAAAGAAGAUUUCACUGUGAGUAUUGUAAUAAAUCAUUUACUCAGAGGGGUAGCCUCAAUACUCACAUUAGAAUUCAUACUGGAGAAACAUAUCACUGUCAAUACUGUGAUAAAUCAUUUACUAUAAGGGACAACCUCGAUAGACAUAUUAGAACUCAUACUGGAGAAAAACCAUAUCACUGUGAAUACUGUGACGCAUCAUUUACUACAAGUGGUGACCUCAAUAGACACAUUAGAAUUCAUACUGGAGAGAAACCUUAUCACUGUGAAUACUGUGAUGCAUCAUUUACUGAGAGUGGCACCCUCAAUACUCACAUUAGAACUCAUACUGGAGAGAAACCUUAUCACUGUAAAUACUGUGACGCAUCAUUUACUACAAGUGGUCACCUCAAUACUCACAUUAGAAUUCAUACUGGAGAAAAACCUUAUCACUGUAAAUACUGUGAUAAAUCAUUCACUCAAAGUUCCAUUCUCACAAGACACAUCAGAGCUGUACACAACUAAUAACAUUAUUGGAUAAUAAUUAUUUUUAUUGAUCAUAAUCUCGUUGCCAUGACAACAACAU